AUGGCUCAAGAGAAGGAAGAAGAGGAACAAGCUUUUCACAUACUACUGAACUUCGCGCAUAGUAGUGUAAAACAAGGAGAGGGUCAGGAGGACAUACUGAAGCAUUUGUUUUCUGAUUUUACACUGUUACUGAUGAACAGUGUGGAUAAAUAUAAGCUAGCCGUACGGAUAAAUUAUUACAUUACCAAUGAAGUAACAGCUGGUGCAGCAAAAGGGGGAGUAGCAAAAGGGGGAGUAGCAAAAGGGGGAACAAACGGGGAAGCAGUAAAAGGAACGGAUCAACCAUAUGCACACUUAAGAAUUCCAAUAGUGUUUUUAGAAAGUCUGUUCAGCACAUUCCGUAGUAGAAGUUUACUGAGUCUAGAUGUUGCAUGGUUAUACGAACUAAUAAAAGUAAAUGAAACUUUGAUUGACAAUUUAGUGAGCAUUAUGGGAAAUAUACUUCUGCUGAUAGAAGAAGAACAGAAGGAGAAGGAAAAACAAUUUUGUGCUUGUACUUUUUUGUUAAAAUGUUUAAGAGACAAAGUAGAAGAGGACGUAAAGGAGGAUAAUAAGAAAUACAUUUGUUGUAAAAAGGCGAAAACUAUUUUUGCUCAUCAAAAGGAAUGUAAUGAUGAUACUUUGUUUACUUUCGAAGGAGGAUACAUUGACAACAAAAAGGAAAGAAGUAGUAGUGUUAUUGAUUUAUUCACAAGGCAGCAUAACAUUCACACUGUGCAAAAUAGUGUGCGUGAAGGAGAAGCCAACAUAGAGGAUGACUUUUCCUCAUCAUAUAAAAAAAUUAUGAAAAAUUCUGAUUUAAAUUUCAAGCACCUCUGUAGUUUAUUCAUUUUCGUAGCAGAAAAAAAAAAAGUAAUCCACAUGAAGGAAGUAAGAAUAAAGAUGGUAAAUGAUUAUUUUGGCGAUCACUAUGACCCCUCUCUUAAUAGUAGCCCAUACAACAUGUACACAAAAGAGCUAGUAAAUGAAAUCAUGUACCUACUCAUUUUUAUCAACGAUAAAGAAAUGAGAAAAAUUCUAAUCAAAGAUUUCUGCUUUGCGGUGAAGGAAUAUGUUUUCACUAGAAGCGAGUUUGAAAAAUGUUGUAUUAGUGUCGUCAGGAUAAUGUUCUUUUUCAUUGGGAGUAAUAAAAGAUAUGAUUACAUCUCGGCUUUUUUGAAGAGGAAUCAUGAAGGAAACGAGAGCAAUGGGGGAAAUACGAAUCAAAGUCCAAUGACCGUCAGGGAGAAGAAGACGAGCAGUAAGGUUAGCGGAGAGGAUAGUGGCAAGGUUAGCGGAGAGGAUAGUGGUAAGGUUAGCGGAGAGGAUAGUGGUAAGGUUAGCGGAGAGGAUAGUGGUAAGGUUAGCGGAGAGGAUAGUGGUAAGGUUAGCGGAGAGGAUAGUGGCAAAGUUAGCGGAGAGCAUAGUGGUAAGGUUAGCGGAGAGCAUAGUGGCAAGGUUAGCGGAGAGCAUAGUGGUAAGGUUAGCGGAGAGCAUAGUGGCAAGAGUAUCGACGAAACGAAGAGGGAGAACCGUGGGAAGAAGAAAGACCCUGUGUUCGAUGUUUAUACGACAUGUUUCUCAAGCAUGUACCACAUGGACGAUAACAAAACGGAUGUGUACUUAUUAAAUGAUAUUUAUAAUUUCCUUGUUUUAUAUAUAGACUAUAUAUAUAAUGAAAAUUUUGUAAGAAGAGCCUACAUCCAUGAUACUAGGUACCUUCUGUUACUAUAUAAUGAAUCUUACACAAAUGAAGGAGCACUAAAGAAGAUAAUUUUUAUAUUUAAUCAUAUUAUAACCCUUUGUGAAGAUAUUAAUUGUAGUAAGGAUGUAUGUCUUUUUAUAGAAUUAUGGAAUUUGUAUGAGUGCAUAUUAAGAUGCAUUCAAAAUUUUUCUGUGCAUCUACUAAAAAUGAAUUGGUCCAAAAUGGUUGAUAUUUUAUCGAUAGUCAACUCGAUAAGGGGAAGGUAUGAACGGUCGUACUGUGGAUACGUGGAAGCGGCAGGCGAUGGUGAGAAAUAUGAUGAGAAGUAUGAUAAUGUGUGUGAUGACGUGCACGAUGGGACGUGCAAAGGGGAUGAAGGGAACACGAACCCCCAGCACAAUCCAUUCUUCGAUGAAUUGGAUUAUUACAUAUUUAAGUGUUGCACAAUGGGCAGCAAUAAAAAAGAGAGAAGAAUAAACUUUUACUACUACUCCGAAUAUAUAAUACUUCGAUUAGUUGAGUACCUUAUAUGGUUACUAUUAAUUCAUAAUAAUAAUACGGUCAGUCGUUUUUCUCUUUCUAAUUUAAUUAGCUAUGAAAACAGCCAAAUAGAAAUACGUAAAGAUGUUCAAAGAGUAGACAUAAUGGAAAUAAAGAAGGAACAAAUUCUUAUUCAUGUUCUUCUAAAUAGUAUGAGUGAUAGUUUUUUAUUUCAUAUUUUUUUUGUAGAAAUAGUGAAACCGACUUUAUUUGUUAAAGGAGAUUUACCCUUUUAUGAACUUCGAGUAAGGAAUUUCAUCAUUUCGAAAAUUUUAAAAAAGGACUCUAUCUAUUAUGUGAAGAAGUUUAUGAUUUGCCUGGAUCGAAUAACUCUUUUUCACGUUAAUGUAAGGAUAAUUUUUGAGAGUGUUCUUGAGGCAAUGCAUCUACUGGAUGGGAAAGGUGGCUUAACGGGCAGGAUCAGAGGUAGCAUACAACGGGCCAGCGAUAGCAUACAACGGGCCAGCGGUAGCAUACAACGGGCCAGCGGUAGCAUACAACGGGCCAGUGGUAGCAUACAAACAGUCAUCAGUAGCAAACAAAGAGCCAGUAGCCACACACAGAGAUAUCACCCUGUGGAGUCCGCCAAAAAUGGGGGCGAGUGGGCUAGUGACAAAACAAACGCAUACAUGCACAGAGUUCUUGUAAACAUAAUAAAAAAGGUAAAAAGCAUUUCCAUUAGCAGAAGAAGGGGAAACUUAGUUUUACUGUUACAAAUAAUUAUAAAACUUAACACGUACUUAAAUUUAUUCGGUGAUAUGAGGGCCUAUUGCAUAUUUUUAGAUUUAUUUGAGGACAAUUUUUUUUUAGAAAAUUUUACCCUUUUUGAGAAUAUAUUAAGCAUAAGUAGAGAUUUAAACGUGAGAAGUGGUUUAUCUGUAAAAAAAAGGAGUGAACGAAGUUGUCAUCAGACGAGGACUUUCAUUUCGUUGCAUAAUAAUAAUAAUAAUAAUAAUAAUAAGAAUAAGAAUAACUGCUUGAUGAACAGGUUUUUAGAAAGAUUAAAUGAAGUCCUAUCUUUUAAUAAGCACUUGCAUUUUUAUGGAUACUUGCGGUUAUUCCACUUGAUGAUAGCAAAGCAGAAAGAGGUACAGUCUGACAAAUUUGUUUUAUCUAUAAAAGAAAAUAAUUCGAAUGAACUAUUCUCCCUUCUUCUUUCUUACAUUUUUAAAAAUAGAUUAGUAGACUUAUUUGAUCAUAGAAGCAUGAAGAAAGUAAUAGCAAAAUAUAUGAACAGGUUAAGGACUUUUUUGUUCCCUGUCGAGGACAGUGUAGAUAUGUCAAGUACUAGCACAAAUGGUAGUGUUAAUGGAAGAGAUAAUGUGGAUGAGCAAGCGCUAGAGCCUAAGCAUGAAGAUCGAAAUGAAGGCAAUAAACCAUGCAGCUCUGAUAACAGAGGUACAGAUCCAAACAAUCACAGUUGCUCUCAUAUCAAUGUAUUUAACAGGCUUCUACUAUUUGUCGAUACGUUGGAAUAUAUAUAUCCAAAUAAGGAAAACCAUUCAAAGAAUCUGUUUAACUAUUAUAACAGUGAUUACAGUUAUGUAAAGAAGAAUGAGCUGCACACAAUGAAAUAUUAUGAUGGUAAUGAUUAUUUCUCUUUUUUUUAUGAAGAGAUGAAGUUACUCUAUGAUGAGUGCCUUAUAUAUAUAGCACAUAUGAACAGGGAAGAAGAGAAAGAAGAUAAAUUAAAAAUAAUAUUAAUGCUCUCUUUUAUGGGAACUACCUGUACUCUUUUCAAUGUGAAAUAUGAUGAAGUGUUGAGCAGAAAAAUAAUGAAUUUGGAAAUAAAAAAGGUGAUUACUAAUGCACACAACGAUAGGGUCCAUAGUAGCGAUGUGCACCGUAACAGUGUAACUGCAAAAUGCGAGAAUGACAACAUGUAUGUUAAGUACUAUUGUGACAAGUUCAAUUUUUAUAAAUAUAAAUUUAUUCAUAACAGCUUUUGGCCAUGUAGUGGUUGUUCCUCGUUACCCCCCACGGUGGACGACAACAAAGAUAAUGAUGAUGAAAUAUUUAUAUUUGCGGAAAAAAUUAUUAGCGAUAUAGAAUUGUGUAAAGAGGAACUGGUGUACGUUUAUUCAAUUAUCAGAAUUCAUGUUAUCCCCUCCAUUUUUGGUGAACAUGUACAUAGAAAUCCCUUCCAAAAGGAUGUACAAAAUAAAAAGAAACUUUUAUUAGAGCUCUUGUUAAAGCAAAGUAAUAUACUAAUUGAUCGAUGCUGUGUAUGCAAGUACCCCACGCAUUUGUUGGAGUUAAUUUUUAUUACUCUCUUCCAUCCUUUACUUGUUAAAUUUGAAAUGAGUUUGUUCGCAAAUUCGAGUGAGUACAUAACUGAGAAGGCAAAAAAGGAAAAAAUGGAAAAAAAGGAAAAAAUGGAAAAAAUGGAAAAUAAAAAAAGUAAAGAGAAACAGCUAGAUGCAGAUGGUAACAAAUGCAAAGAUAAGAAGUGCACUACUCCUUCAAGUUCGAAAAGAGUUAAAAACGAACCUGAGGAAGAGUCCACCCCUUCUUUGCUACUCAACCAAGUAGAGAAAAUUUUAGAUGACAGCAAAAGUAAGUUAUCAGUAAGUAGAAGCAUUUUAAUUCCUUUUCUUACAUCCUUUUUCUAUAUCAUAAUAGAAUAUGACGAUAUAAUAUAUGUUAAGAAAGAAUAUAUAUACAAAUUCAUUUCACUGAUUGUUGAUAUACUAAUGUAUAAGGAGUAUGUACUAACCGAUUGCAAAAGAAGCUUUACUAAUGAUUCAUUUAAAAUAAAAAAAGGACAUAUUCAUUUGAAUACAUUCCUUAAUGAAAAAAUAUGUUCAUAUCUAUUAAGUAAAAUACAAAGGAACGAAGAAAUAAUUUUCCCCUUAUCACUUUAUGAAAUACACCAUACUUCUGUCUUUUUAAGGAUACUGGCAUUAAUGUUUUUGAUUAAUCUUUUUCGCAUGCUCGAACAGAAAUACUUAUGUUAUAAUAAAUUACAUCUUUCUGUGUUUUCCAAGGAAGAUAAGAUUAGUUUUCACAGGAAAAGAAACGUAGUUAUGUGCAUGUACGAGGGGAUACUUGAGUGUAUCUUGAAAAGAGUGGACAACGUACAUGUGUGCGGGGUGGUCGCUAAUGGCAGAAGAGGAAAAGACAGAAGGGGAAAUAUUAGAAAUGUAACUGAAAAAAGAGGAAAUGACAGAAGCAGCUGCAGUGAUGAGAAAAGAAACAACCAAGAGGGUCGUGCAGUGGGCAGUGCGAGUGGUAAAGCCAACAAUCUCACACCGUUACCGUCUUCCAACGGACACAACAUUCAGAUGAGGGGACUACAGGCGUUAUGUUGUUUAUCGAAAUAUUUUAAAUAUCUAAAAAAAUGUAAAAGAAAAAAAAUAAUUAAAUAUGUGAACGAACUUUUACAUUAUGAUAAUUUGAAUAAUACUCGUCAGUACUUAGAACUGUUUUGCUAUUCUAUAUGUAAUUCUUCUUUUGUCUUAUUGUACCCUCAUUUAAUAAAAAAUUUAAAAGACAAAGAUUCGAGUAUGCAAUUAAUUGUAAGCUCCUUGAUGACCUGUUCAUAUAUUUUUCUGAAAACGAAAUUUUCGCAUUACUCGUUCAGACAGUUACAUUAUAACUCCUUUGCAAGCGUAUGUCUGCUUAGAAAAAAGAAAGGAAAUAUUAGUAGUAGUGGUAGUAAUGGUAAAAGUAACUUGCUUGCUAUAAGAAGGAAAGGAAAAUGGAAAUACAAAUGGAAAGAAAAAGGGAAAGGAAAAGGUUUAGAAAAGAACAACAAGCAAAUCAAACACAUUAUCAGUGAAAUUGUUAAGAAAAGCAAAAAUGAUAAGGAUGCCAUUAUGGAAAGAUGCGCACAGAUAAAGCAGAGAGGAGAAGAUAUGAACAGCUCAGGGGGUACCAGGAGGAGAAGCAAAAAUUUCCUUAAAAUUGGCCAAAAAAAUGGAAAGGGUAAAGAUAUACUUCGAAAAUAUGACAAAGGGGAGGAAUACUUUAUCAAUCAGAAAGAAGAAAGAGUACAGAGUAAAUCACAAGCACAAAUAAAUUAUUUUUACUCUAAAUACAUAUGCAUAUGUUUAAAGAAUUUAUUUCAUGAAAUAGUUUGUCUUUGUUGUUCUCACACAGCACUAAUAAGAAGUAUAGCUCAAUUAAUAUUAUACAAAUUUUUAAAAAAUAAAAUCGGAGAAAUUUCAUUAAAUUCUUUUUUUUUAUGUACAUAUAAAUAUAUUAAAUAUAAUAAAGACUGCAAAAGGGUAAGAGAGAAAAUUAAAACUCAAUUUAACAAAUGGAAUAGUUUUCUUUUUGAAGAUAUUCAUAUAUUAUUACCAGCAUAUAAUUACUCAUAUAGCUAUUUCGACGAAGAUAUGAAUCAUGAGAAUAAAAAUUCCUUUGCGCAUAUCCUGUUUAAUAACGAAUUAGUACCGUCCUUUACUUUUAUUGAAACGCUGAAAAAAAUGGUGCAGCAGGAAAUGACCUCCAUCAUAUACAACAUAGAUUUAGAAAAAGAGAAAGAAAAGAAGGAGGAAAAGCACAAGCAGGAGAAAAAUGAGGAAAAUAUUUCAAAAUACGAUAAUCGUCUCAGUUAUUAUUUACCUUUAAUCAUUCUUAACGAGGUAUAUGAAAAGAAUGCACGGCUUGUUGUAAUGAACGGAGGUGUGCAGGAAGGGCAUCAAAGAAAUUAUUUGGCUUGUGAGAGAAGGAUAAGAUCAAGAGAGAAAGAACGGGAAAUAAUAAUAGGGGAAGUCAUGAAAAAGAGCAGCAUGGAGGUGGUGAAAGAGCAGUACAAUACGGAUGAGAUGGAAGAGCAGCAGAACACAAAAAGCAGCAACAAUAGCAAUCCAAAUAAUAUUGAACGUGCGUUUGAAAAAAAUAAAAAGAAUUACCAAAAAAAAUUUGAUCCGCUUACAAACAUCAUCGAAGUUAAUAACGAAUUUCGAAAAAAUUAUUCCAAAAGAAAAAAGAAUAGUUUAAUAGUUAUAGCAUCUUUAAUUGAUAAAAUACCAAAUUUAGCUGGCCUGUGUAGGUCAUGUGAAAUAUUUAAUGUUAAAAAAUUAUUUUUUAAUAAUAUUAACAUUGUAAGGAAUUUUGAAUUUCAGAAAAUUUCAUCCACUGCUAACAAAUGGGUAAAUAUAAAAGAAUUAAAAAAAAAGGAUAUUAUAAAUUAUAUAUUAAAAAAAAAAAAAAAAUAUUCUGUUAUAGGUUUAGAACAAACACACUGUAGUCAAAAUUUACAAGAUUUUAUUUUUCCUCAAAAAUCUAUUUUAAUUUUAGGGGAUGAAAAGGAGGGCAUACCUUCUUCUAUUCUUUUGCUUCUUCAUCACUGUAUAGAAAUACCAAGUCAGGGAAUUAUUCGCUCACUCAAUGUGCAUGUCUCUGCGGCAAUAACUAUUUAUGAGUAUUUCAAACAGCAUCUUUGA